ACAAAAAAGAAGAAAAAUAUUUAGAAAUGUUAUGAAAUAAACUACUAAUACUCAAUAUAUUUAUCUCAUGAUAGAUUACAAAAUGUUAACAUCAGAAAAGAAUAGGAUUUGCACUAUGCGAACGCAACCCAUUUGUAAACAUUAGGUAACUCAUGUUAUCUCGGCCGCAGGAUUACAUAGCCCCCUCGAAAUGUUCAGACUUUACCGAAUAGCUGGAGUUUUGUGCAAAGACCUAAGGACAAAUAAGAUAUGUGAUUCCAUAUGUCAUUCCCAGUAUGUAGAGAACAGAGUGAGCGCAAAUAAUACAAAUGUAUUGUACCGGACUCUGCACUACCUUCCAUGUAAAAAUACUCCGACCCUCCUCAGGAUACUCGCCCCAAGCGGGAAUCAGCCUUUGGCAUUGUCAUCUACCAAAGUAUUUAACACCCAAGCAUAUUUGACGAGGGGGAUCCAUCAGAGUCAGAAGGCCUUCAAUAAUGGCUUUGACAGUAAGCCUAUGAGCCAAGGUACAAAAUCGACUUUAUACUAUAUUGCUGCAGUGGGAGUUUUAGCACUUGGUCUAAGUUACGCAGCAGUUCCACUCUACCGAAUAUUUUGUCAGGCAUACAGCUAUGGAGGGACCACCCAGCAAGGUCAAGAUGCUGAAAAGGUUGAAUUCAUGGAGAAAAGAGAAGAUCGUAUCCUGAAAAUUCGCUUUAAUGCAGACACAGCAGCUUCUAUGACAUGGAAUUUUAAACCACAGCAGAGCGAAAUAAAGGUUGCUCCAGGGGAAACAGCUUUAGCCUUCUACACUGCAAGAAAUCCUACAGAUCGUCCAGUUAUCGGUGUCUCCACCUACAAUGUUAUUCCUUUUGAUGCUGGUCUUUACUUUAAUAAAAUACAAUGCUUCUGCUUUGAAGAGCAGUUACUCAACCCCCAUGAAGAGGUACACAUGCCUGUGUUCUUCUACAUAGACCCAGAGUUUGCAGAUGAUCCCAAAAUGGAGGGCGUCGAUACAUUGACUUUAUCCUACACCUUCUUUGAAGCACGUGAAGGUGUUCCAUUACCAAUUCCCAAUUUUGCAAGAAAAUAGUUUUUAUUAUUAUUAUUAUUAUUAUUUUUAUUAUUAAGAAGAUACCUGGAUUUUUUUUAUAAGUUUGCCCCCCCCCAAAAAAAAAUAAAAAAAAUAAAUAAAUUGUAUAUUAUAUAUGCCAAGGUAUUGCAUAAAGAUUAUGAUUUUGCUUUAAUCAAUAAUGAUCUAAUUGUAACUGUGAGUCAGUUUGGUUUAUCUUUGGAAGGAAUUUGUUGUUGGGAAGGUAAUUCAUGAUAGGUUAUGCCAUGAUGAACAUGUAGGAAAGAUAAAAGUAUUAUGAACUUGUUUUACACAUCCAGAAAAUUAUGUUACAAGCAAUGAUGUAGCAGUAUUAUAAUCGGUAUCAAAAUUAUAUAUUUCAUAGAAAUUUGAUUAUAUUACAUCUUAAUUCCUGGUUCAAACAACAAA